AUGCUUGAGACACGGCAUAUCCAGGAGCUGGAUGCUAACUCUACCAUCAAACACUAUUGGGGAUAUGCAGAUCGGAUCCUUCCAUGCACAAAAGAUGCUGGUACUUGUGCGUAUCUGGACUCUGUCUACCACUCGCAUCAAAUAUCUAUGCUUUACACCUUCAUUCUCUGGGCAGUUCUAGGCGGCGUUCUGGUAUUCAUGCUCUCGUUACGCUAUGGCAAGAGCGUAAGCCGCUCAUCUGAUAUCAAGACGCCACUUCGGCGUGGACUAGAUUCUCUUGGGUCUCUGGGGAGGCGAUGGAUGCUUUCUGAGGCCCCGGGAAGAGGAAUGCUCGGACGAGUCACUCUGCUACAAGUCACGGUGCUCGCGUCGCUCCUUGGCUACCUGUUGAUAUUCUCUCUCGUUGGUGUGACCUACAAAACCUGGAUCACGCCUACCAAAGGUCAUCCUAGCUUGAAAACCAUUAGGACCGGCUUCGGAGGCUGGGGUGAUCGUGUUGGCGCAUUGGCUUAUGCCUUGACGCCACUCACGAUUGCUCUUUGCUCUCGUGAAAGCAUUUUGUCUCUCAUUACUGGCAUUCCAUACCAACACUUCAACUUCUUGCAUCGCUGGACCGGUCGAGUCAUCUUCAUUCAAUCGUUCCUGCAUACUCUGGUCUGGACACUUGUCGAAGGAAGGUUUUACCAGCCACAGCCGGAAACUUACACCGCAUUCAUCAAACAAAAGUACAUCGUCUGGGGCAUUGUUGCCCAGAUCAUGAUUACAUUUUUGUACGUUUUCAGUACUAGCUGGGCCAUCAGGUUGACUGGCUAUGAGUUUUUCAAGAAGACCCAUGCUCUGAUUGGCAUUCUAUAUCUUGGAGCGUGUUGGGCGCAUUGGGACAAAUUGGCAUGCUGGAUGAUCGCUUCCCUCAUCAUCGUUCUUGCCGAUUUUGGCAUCAGAUUUCUGCGUACUGCUUUGCUUCACGUCGGAUACCGUAAGGGCAAGCCCGGUCUUGGUUUUCACAGCGCCAUCGCCACUGUUCAGCAUUAUGGCGACGAUGAAGACUCGGUCGUACGUAUCGACUUUGAUUUUAGACACUCUGCCUGGAAGCCUGGUCAACACUUUUAUCUUUGCUUCCCUGCCCUCAACAUCUGGCAGAGCCAUCCUUUUACGCCCUCAUCCCUUCCUGAUGGUCGUAGCGAUAUUCAGCACCACACAUACCUAAUCCGCGAACGCUCUGGUAUCACCGCUAAGCUUGCUGAAAUUGCCAAAGCCACUGGUGGAGACUCUUGCACAACUCCCGUCAUACUCACUGGACCCUAUGGAGGCACAUCGACGAAUGAAGCUGCAUCCUCCAAUCUUUUGGCCGUGGCGGGCGGUACUGGUGUUACUUCAGUGCUCCCAACUCUCCAAGACACCUUCACGGUCGCACAAACAGGCACUCGUGCUGUCGAUCUCGUCUGGGUUGUCCGCAAGAUUCAAGAUCUCUCCUGGAUCGCGCCAGAGUUGGCGGAGCUCAAGUCAUGGAUGUCCUCUGGUAAAGCAAGCGGCUUACGUCUUCGCAUCUUUGUCACCCGCGAAACAGCGCCACCAGAAUCAUUGAGUUCUUCCACAUCUUCUCUGUCAGAGAAGGGCAAGGGUUGCUGCAGCAAGCGCAAUAAGAGCGAGAAAAAUGGUGUGAUCGUCUCCUCUUCAAACGACUUGACGACACUCCAAGACAACUUUUCCAUCACCUAUCUUGGCGGCGCUCAUCCCUCGAUCAAAGAGGUUGUCGGCGACUUUGCUGAAAGAGCGGCUAUCUGCGGCGGCAGAAGUCAAGUCAUUGGUGCUGGACCUAUGGAGAUUGGUACUGCUUUGCGCUCUGCUGUCGCAAAGGAGAACCAUGCCGGCAGGGUGUGGCGAGGCGAUGAGAGUGGCAUUAUGGCUCUUGAAUGGGACUGUCGGUCAUGA